AUGGCUGUUAAAGGGAGGAAGAGAGGAAACGUUACCGAUGAAGUUAGCAACGGGAGGAGUCGGUUUGAGCAGAUCAAAAAGCUUGUGGUAGAGGUUCGGUUUAGACCAGGAAUCGGAGAGGAAAGAGAGGCUUGGGGCAAUGUUGAUCAUCUACAUGUUGAGGUUGCUGCAGUCCCAGAAGAUGUCGGAACGGCUGGUGCACUUCGUGCUAUUGCUCGCCACCUGACUGCAAAGGACAUCAUGGUUGUAAAUGGUGAUCUUGUUUCUGAUGUUCCUCUUGGUGCAGUGGCGGCUGCUCAUAGACGACAUGAUGCAGCAGUUACUGCAAUGCUCUGCUCUGCUCCUGUUAGUGGGCCUUCAGAGUCCCGUUCCUCUAGUGGAAAAGACAAAACCAAGAAGCCAGGACGCUACAAUAUUAUAGGGCUGGAUCCCACUAAAGAGUUUUUGUUAUAUAUAGCUACAGGUGCUGAACUAGAGAAAGAUAUUCGAAUACAAGUUGGCCAGAUGGAAAUUCGAGCUGAUCUCAUGGAUGCUCAUUUAUAUGCGUUCAAGAGGUCUGUUCUACAAGAAGGUCUAGAUCAAAAGGAUACAUUUCAAAGCUUAAAGCAGGAUGUACUGCCUUAUCUUGUUCGGAGCGAGCUGAAGUCAGAAGUUUUGUUAAAUGGUGCACCGCAAGCAGAAGAGAAUGGAAACGAGAAGGUUAAUUUCCAGAAGAACCAAGUCAUGGUGUCACGAAUCCUGGCCAAUGCAUCUACUCCAAGAUUUCAUGAGUUCUCUGGACUGGGAACCAAUUAUUCUGCUCCACGAACCCAUAAAUGCUGUGUUUACAUUGCCAGCAACAGAAAGUACCAUGCGCGCUUAAAUUCCAUUCAAGCAUUCAGUGACAUCAAUCGAGAUGUCACUGGUGAGGCUAGUCAUCUGUCUGGGUAUUCCUUCUCUGCUCAAAACAAUAUCAUCCAUCCUUCAGCAGAGCUUGGGUCGAAAACAACUGUGGGACCGCAUUGUAUGCUUGAGGAAGGUUCACAGAUGGGUGACAAAUGUAGCGUGAAACGGUCUGUUAUUGGUCGUCACUGUAGGAUAGGUUCUAAUGUGAAGGUUGCUAAUUCAGUUAUCAUGAAUCGUGUCGCCAUUGGGGAUGGUUGCUCGAUCCAAGGUUCUGUGAUUUGCAGCAAUGUACAACUCCAAGAGCGUGUUGUAUUGACAGAUUGUCAAGUUGGAGCUGGUUUUGUGGUUACUGCUGGGAGUGAGUGCAAAGGGGAGGGAGGCCUUGGCAAAGAAAGAGAAGUGAGUACAAGGGAAGUCCCUGGGAAAAGAUUUGGUAAUUUCUUUUUGGCAGUGUGCUUUACUGUAGGUUGGAGCAGAUUUUGUGGUAACUGCUGCAGAGAGUACAUGGUGAUGCCCUUGGCAAGAAGUGGGGAUUGCUGUUCUGCUUGAGUGUACUAUCAUCUCACAUUUGCCUUCAUUUUUGUAUGAUAGGUGCUCUUAUGGCUGUGUCAUCAAUGCCUGUAUUUUUGCUGCGACUAAACAAGACCAAAUAGAUAGCAUUAUUGUUUGAUUUUAUAGUAGGUUGAAGGAAAAGUUUUUCUCU